AUGCAUAAGGGUAACAGAGAUUUACACAAUAACAUAAUACUUGGAAUCAGAACCUUGAGCCUUAACACUCCAAAGCCCCCAAAAAGCGAAAAUAAAACCAAUCGUCUUGGCGGCCCCUGGAGCAAGCUUUCGAACCUUCGCCUUGGGUUCCCAGGUGAGAGACUCGGGUUCAUUGGGGAAUCCGACCCAUUGGCAGAGGAACUUCGUGGUAUUGUUCGGGCUAGAAUACUUCUCGCCAACAAUAGCAAAAAUGUGGUACAGAUCAAAGCCGGUCGCUUUGUCACGUCCCCCAAGGCUCUCCUAGUACCGGUAGACAAUAUCUGGCACGGACUUCUGAGCAUCGAGCUCUGA